CACACUUCCUCCCUCCCUCUCUUUUUCCCUCUCUGUGUCGCCUCCACCUGCAUCAGCACCGGCUGUAAAAGUUCGUCGUGCGCAGUUGCUAAGAUGACUGCCAUGACAAUUCAAUGAGAGGAGAGGACGCCAAGUGAAGCAUCCCCCGCUCGCUGAGAGAGGAGAGAAGGAGUGCUCAAGGUAAAGAGAGGAAGAAGAAGAAGAAGAAGAAGAAGAAGAAGAAGAAGAAAAGGGCUAAGAAGAGAGGGAGAGGCUGAGGAGCGACGGAAAGGAGAGAGAAAGUGGGAUAAACGGUGGAUGGAGGCGGCUCGGACCGGGGCUACGGAGCGCUCUUCACCGACGAAGAAGAAGAAGAACAGCAGUAGCAUCAGCAGCAGCAGCAGCAGCAGCAGCAGCAGCAGCGGGGGGGAGAGGAGAUGGAGGCGAAAGGCAGAAGCAUGCCCUCAGAUAUCAGUUUCCUUCCACGCCCGGCGCUGGUGUGGUGUGAGCGGGGCAUCCAGGUGCUGCUGACCACCAUGGGAGCGUUCGCGGCCUUCGCCCUGAUGACGGUGGCCAUCGGUACCGACUACUGGCUGUACGCCCGAGCCUUCAUCUGCAACAGCACGGCCAACUCGUCCCAGGAGGACUCCAACAACAAGGACAAGAAAGACCCCGGGGCACUCACCCACUCCGGCCUCUGGAGGAUCUGCUGCCUGGAAGGCUUGAAGCGAGGUGUGUGUUCCCAGAUCAACCAUUUCCCCGACGACGCAGACUACGACCAAGAUGCUGCAGAGUAUCUGCUGCGUGUGGUGCGAGCCUCCAGCAUCUUCCCCAUCCUCAGCGCCAUACUGCUGCUGCUGGGUGGAGUCUGCGUCGCCUCCAGCGGCUUCUACAAGAGCAAGAGGAACAUCAUUCUCGGCGGAGGGAUCCUGUUCGUCGCUGCAGGGCUCAGCAACAUCAUCGGAGUGAUCGUGUACAUCUCUGCAGCACUGAGCGACAUCUCCCCCAAGAAAGACGAGGACAAGAAGUGGCACUACUCCUACGGCUGGUCCUUCUACUUUGGCGGCCUGUCCUUCAUCCUGGCCGAGAUGGUGGGCGUCCUCGCCGUCAACAUCUACAUCGAGAAGAACAAGGAGCUGCGCUGCCGCUCUCGCACCGACCUCUUCAAGAGCACCACGCACGCCAUGCUGCGACUGCCCAGCUACCGAUUCAGACGGCGCUCUCGCUCCAGCUCACGCUCCACCGACCCGCCGCACUCGCAGGAGACCUCACCCAUCGGCGCCUCCAAGACCUUCAGCCUGCCGCCCUCUGCUCCACCCUUCUCCGUGGCUACUCUUCCCAACCCGCACCACACCAGCAGCGGCGGAAGCGGAGGAGGCGGCGACAUCUCCAUGUACACCCUGUCGAGGGACUCCAAGCUGGGCAGCCUGGGAGGCGGCGCCCCACCCCUCUAUGGCACGGUGGACCGGGCCACCCUGUACCAGCUCCACAACUACUUCCCGAAAGAUUCCACCGGCAGUGGCGGUGGAGGAGGAGGAGGAGGAGGAGGAGGAAGUGGAAGUGGAGGAGGAGGAGCGGUGAUAAGCAGCGGUACGCUCCCGUCUCACUCCAAGUCCAACUUGGCAGCAGCAGCGGCUGUAGCCCAGAAUUCAGCACCGCUGAACACCUCCACAGCAGCCGCCACUCCGGCCCAGACGGCUCCGAUAUCCACAGCCACCAUGGAGAGGGAGAGGGACAGGGACCGGGACCGGGGCAACGUGGGAACCCUGGACCGACUCACCGCCAAAAGGGACAGGGAUAGCAACUCAGACACACUGAACAGGAAAACUACGCCAGUUUAAACUCAACCUCAGAGAGGAGCGAGGGAGGGAGGGUGAAGACAGAAAGUGUUGACAGAAAAGAGAGAAGUAGGGCUGAAAAUGUGCGGGUGACACUUCGACGGUCUCUGUCCUUGAGCCUGAGGUACAGCUGCCAUAACUAUUCACCAAAAUCACAAACAGUCAUAAAACACCUGACAGAUUCUUGACACCUGCCUUAAAAUGGUCGUGACUUCUUUAAGUUGAUCAUACAGCAGCGGUGCAGCGGAGGCUUCAGCACAUCAGACGUUCAUUUUUAACUUUUUAACUUUAGCAUCACACACAAGUGGGAGCUUCCCAGUGAAACCAGUCUCCCUGUGCAGCAGUUGGGGGGGGAUACAGUAAGUGCCUUGCUAAAGGGGCAGGGGAGCUCAGUCCUUAUUUACUCUCUCCUUUCACAUUUUGUCAGCUGCCACAGAGAUUUAAACUCCAACUUCACUUCACUGAGUUUGUGAUUUGUCACAAGACAUGCACGAUAAAAAAACGGAACUGAAUCUGGUUUAUAAAAAGUUUUUAGGAGUCUAGUUUGGACCGUACGACACUUUCAAACAUCCCAACUAACAAACUUUGAAGCGUCCAGAUGGUACGAGCCACAAUUCUCUGUUUCACUUCUAUUUUUAAAAAAGGAACAGAGAGACACAAACGGGUACAUUCAGCCAAGUAACAAGCUGCUCAGUGACGAGUUGACUGCCGAUUGUAGGUCAACAGUAGCUACAUAACCUCUGGUCGUAAGAUGGCGACCUCAGCCAUAUCUAACCUUCUGACACACACACACACACACACACACACACACACACACCAGAGGAGGCUGACACACUGUGAGCCUAUUUAUUUUUUAUUGUGUGUCAGAGGUAGUUACAGUGACAGAUGGGCAUUCUAAACCAGAACAGCAUAGACGCUAAGCUUCACCCUGUACGCCUCCGUUACACCACUGCCGGUUGUCACAGUUUGGUUAAACACUGCAACAAAUGUCCGUCUGAACAAGAAGCUUCAUCUGACGUGCAGAUCCGAGAGUCUUUGUUCACAUGUGUGAAGUGUUUGCUGAAUCCUGGCCAAAUGGAACAGGACGGCCCUUUAUUUUAUUGUCUCAGAAUAAUCUCACUUUUUUUUCUUGUUGUUCUUGAAACAACAGGAACUGCAUGAUCAAAAGUUCAGUGUUUCAGUUUUGAAGGACCCCAAGUGAGCACUGAAUAUUUUUUAGCAUUAAUUUGCUCUGCUGACACAACGUAGCGGUACGUACAUCUGUUUUGCUGACCACUCGUCUUAAUCUUUGCCUCUAACCUUAGUAAUCACACUCCGUUUUAUGAUCACUUUGAUAAUCACCUCACUAGCUUGGACUGCCGGUCAGCUUGUCUAGCUUUGUCAAUAAAACGAAGAAGAGCCCAGUCGAGUUGAUGAGCGAUGAGGUCAGUGCUUUCUCACAUUGUAAGUCAGUCACUCUGAUUUUUUACAGCUUUUCCAAGAACCAAGUGAGAAAAACGAGGAAUAGCGAGCUAGCAUUAGCUUAGCUCUGUAACUCAGCUAGUCUACUCACUGAAGCACCAACCUUAGUCUAACGUUGCUCACACUGAGAUGCUUGUCAGAAUAAUCAGAAAUACAAUAUAAAAAGAUGUGCUCACUUUAGUCUGAUGAAGCACUGUGAUCACAGAGGUUGGAGGCAAGCGUGACAACACUGUAGAGUCACAUGUGAUAGUGUUUACUGCUUUUUUAAUGUCGUGUUAUCAUUACAGUCAUUUUGCUAAUUACCACAGGAGUGAGGUUAGUCAGUCAGAUGGCCUUUAGCUGGCUACUGAAAUGAAGAAAAGCACCAUGGAGUUAAUGAACGCCAGUCAUUUUAAUUUUUGCCAGUUAAUGUCAGUUAAGCUCUGAAAAUCAAGCUGAGUGACUUGCUAAUGUUAUCGACGACAUUGAGGUGAUUAUAAAAAUGAUCAACUACUAUUUCGAAAUAUUCAGUGAGCACUGAGAUCGGAGCUUCUGCAAGACAGCUGACAUCAAUCAAUUCAACUUUUAACAACUCUACCAAGCACACAAGAGUGUAAAUAGCCUAGCAACGUUAGCUGUAACUAGCCAACUGGUAAAUACCAUUAACACUGCACAAAGUGAUGAAUGGAUGGAAAAAGCGCUGUGAUCAGUAAAGUUGGAGGCAAAGGUCAAAUUACUGUCGACAGCAGGAAAACAGAGAUGCAUAUAAUAAAACAGAUAUCCGUCACAAUGCUUAUUUUGUGUCAUCAGAUGGUAGAAAAGAAGCUAAAUGCACCGUCGAUACAAUGAACACACUUGUGAAGAUGGACUCUUACACACUCGACGUGAUGUUUAUUCACUGACAUCCAUUCCAGGGUUUGUAUGACUGUUUACGAUGAUGAUCCGAUACCGAAGGCUUCAGGGCAGUCGUCCGCUGAGCGUUCCUGCAACCACAGGCGACAACAAACAGGAGGCGAGGGUCCGUUCAGUUACCACUCAGGGGGCGGAGUUUUAGUUAGGACUGAAAAUCAAAACCAUGUAUUACUCCAGUAUAUCAACCAUUUUAUCCAAACCAAGUUCCUCACUUAUUCUCGAGAAGUAACGCCAAUUAAAGCACAUUAUUUAGCAUUAAAGAGGUUGUAAAUUAUCUGCAUAGAAAAUAAAAAUUGGGACUUGAGCACAAGUUUUCAACGGGGGGUGGUGGGAGGAGGAAACUCCAUCAUGGAUGUACUGCAAAGCAUUUUUGGACUCUUCGCAUGUCCUGAAUCUGACAACUGGACUGAUCUACUGAACUCUGAAUCAGCUGCGUUCACAAAAAAACAAACAAAAAACAAAUGAAUUCAACCCCCGACCCUGGUCGACGACGAGUCUGGAGGGAGAGAGAAAAGAGCACAACAGCUUCGGUUCCCCUUUCUCUCCGUCUCUCUUUUAGCUAUAACUAUAUCCUAUUUCACAAACUAGAAUAAUAAAUGUAUUAUUGAGUAUAUUAUCGGUCCAUUCACUUCAACGAAAGCACAUAACGUCUGUAAGUGGUAAUCUUUGGGUUGUCUUUUUCCAUCCGGAGUGAGUGAUCAUCUCUAGGUUACACGAGAUUGUAACUCCUUGAGUAUUAAUAUCAUGUUGCUGGUGUUUCUAUGAUCGUAAUGGUUAUUGCAGGGUAUUUAUACAUUUUGAAAUCUGUUUCUUUUUUUUUUGUAAUUUUUUUAUAUUUCUUUCGAGGACUUUUUUGAUUUUUUUUUUUUUUUCUGUUCUCUUGCUUAUGUAGACUAAAGUCAGUGGUGUCACGUGGACAGCAUGUGCACAAAACAGUGGCGAGGGCGAUAACGUGUGAAAUCAUCGUCAUCUUCAUGGUUUUUUUUCUUAAAUGUGUUUGUACAGGGAGAGCUGACUGAGCGUGCAUGCUCUUUUUUUUUUUUUUUUUUUUUUAGUAACACCCUGCUUCACCCUUUCACCUGCCCAUUCACACUGGCAGCCGCCCAGUAACACCAGUGUGCUGCUGGUUACUGAGCUGGUGGCUUCGUGCCUUCAUACAGGGCACAUUGAUGGUUGCGGAAGUAAGAAAAAGUGACAUUUUUUUCCUCCUACGUUUUGGUUUUGGAUCCGUCCCUCGAUUUUUAUUUUCUUUUAUUAUUCUAUUGUGUAUUUUACAAUAAAUGUUAUUAUUGCACUGUUAUUUCUUUCAUACUUUCAUGUAUUUAUUCUCUUCCUUUGACUGUCACAGUUCCCAGUAAUGGUUCUUCACUUUUCGUAGUCUUUAUUCCAGCUUCAGCUUUUAUUGUUUCCUCACUCUGACUUCGCUCUUCCAUCAUCAUCUGGUCCACAUUUAUUUGCAGGCUCCUGAUUUUUUUUCAUUGUUAUUGUUUCUAAACAUUACCAACGUAGCCUAAUAAUCAGUGUUUUUUAAUGUUCAGACUAGUGUGUAACUGUAGGCGAUAGACUUUAUAUUAAUCUAUUUAUUUUCGUGGUGGUACGUAUAGGUAUUCUAAAUGUUAUAUUGUUUCAGAGUUCCUACACCUGUAACUUUGGGCUAUUAAGGCUUCGUGCCUCUCUGUGACAUACUGUCAGUAGCCUAAGUGCUGGGAGACAGUGGGCUAAAUGUGGUCUGUGUUGGUAGUGUCAGUGGUUUUUACAUGGUAAACGAUAAGUACGACAAAAUAAAUCAGCCUCAUGCUUCUAAUUAAUACGUUGACGAAUAUCGUUACAAAAUCACUAAAAAGCAUUUUACCUUUUUAUAAAGUGUUUCUGUGAGAACAUGGUCAACAGAGGACGUUCUGCUUCUAUGUUUUCAGUUCAUAUCCUUGAUGUGCAAGCUGUUUUUAACGGCAGCGUUAAAUCACCGGCUCCUUUUUUUCACCAACACUUAGACUACUGACACGAGUCAAACCUGAAACUCUUCAAACGGAAAACUGGUAUUCUGCCACUCAGCAGACCGAUACACGUCAAGAACAGUAAGGAAAAGGGGAAAGCAAUACAAUAUACCGAUCCUCACUGGAAAAGACAAAAAAUAUAAGGUAUAUAUACAUAUAUAUAAAUAUA